CAUUCUGUUCCUGAUUGAAGAAGUGUACAAAUCAUGGAAACUCUGAAUUUAUCAAAGCCAAAAUUUGAAUUUUCUUUGCCCACAAUAUCCUCUGAGGGAAAUGCUUUCCUAAACAACUGAGUGAUGCUGACGAACAGUUCUACCUCCUAUUAGAGGUAAACGAUUUUGUUUUUUUUCCUGUUUUGCUGAAUAAACUACGUUACUUCCUCUUGUAGCUGAACAAGCCUGCACUUCUCUACAGGAUAUCUGGGUAGAAAGGAUAUCAUCAUUCUAAUGCUUUCCCUAAGGAAGGAACAUAAAUUCUCGAGAUGGGAAGUAACAGCACAAACAGUACAAGAGCAAAGUGCACUGAUCUUCAAAUGUCAUUUCAAUACUCCCUGUAUGCUACCACUUACAUUCUCAUAUUCGUCCCUGGUCUUCUGGCCAACACUGCAGCCUUGUGGGUUCUGUGCCGCUUCAUCAGGAGGAAAAAUAAAGCCAUCAUUUUCAUGAUCAACCUCUCCGUGGCUGACCUUGCUCACGUGCUGUCCUUGCCCCUCCGGAUUUACUAUUACAUCAGCCACCACUGGCCUUUCCAGAGGGCCGUUUGCCUGCUGUGCUUCUACCUGAAGUAUCUCAACAUGUAUGCCAGCAUUUUCUUCCUGACGUGCAUCAGUCUUCAGAGGUGCUUCUUUCUCCUCAAGCCCUUCAGGGCCAGAGACUGGAAGCGGAGGUACGAUGUGGGCAUCAGUGCUGCCAUCUGGGUCGUCGUGGGGACUGCCUGCUUGCCAAUCCCUAUUCUGAGAAGUGCUGGCUUAGCCAACAACACCAAAUUCUGCUUUGCUGAUUUAGGGCUUCACAAUAUUAGCAUGGCUUCCUCGAUUGGCAUGGUAACUGCAGCUGAACUUGGAGGGUUUAUAUUGCCUGUUAUUAUUAUUACUUAUUGCACGUGGAAAACAAGAAAAUCUUUACGAGAAGUUCAAGUUGCCCCUCAGAAUACCAAAGAGAGGAAAAAGGCUUUGAAGAUGGUCCUGAUGUGUGCAGUGGUGUUCAUUGUGUGUUUCACUCCCUACCAUCUUAACUUCCCAUUCUUCAUGAUGGUGAAGCAAGAAGUCUUUUCAAAUUGCUCUUUUAUUAAGAGCACUUUAUGUUUCCAUAUCAUUUCCCUGUGUCUUGCCAAUCUGAAUUGCUGUCUUGAUCCAGUUAUAUAUUAUUUUAUGACCUCAGAAUUUCGUGAUCAAUUUUCAGAACAUGGUGGCUUGGUUCUUCAGUCAUGUGUGAGAUGCAAGAACAGUGCUUUGGAAAUUCAUCAAAGGAAGGAGGACCUUCAAACCAUCUCUCUUGAAUGUUUGGACGAUUCCAAGACAAUGUAAUCACAUAAUUUGCUAAAGUGAUCUAUAUACCCUAUCAAUUUAGCUACAUUACUUCGAAGACUUACUCUUUAAAACUGGUGCUGUUGAGUGCUUUAAUUAAAUAUGGCCGGGCCCCCUUUCCUUCAUAAUCCAAAAUGAUACCACUGAAGGAAUUAUCCAUGCCUGUUUUGUGUAGACGGAUACACACUGUCCUAUGAAACAUGUGAGAAGGUAUGUUAAUUUACAAAAAAUGAUGAGCAACAGGAUGGAUUGCACACCUGUUCCUCAGCAAUGGGUCUAAUCUUUUCACCCUCUCCUGAGAGAAAAAAAUGUGAAUUGAACACAGGUGGCCUUAGGGAAAUUUUCUAACAUUGAAAACUACAUAUCAAAACAACAUACUCCUAGCUUUAUUUAGAAAAUACACACUACUUGAAUAGAAUAUGUUGAAGAGGAAAGACUUUUUAAUAUUAAUUUGAGUUAUGAAAAUAAAACCCUAUAACUUAAAAUAUCUAUGAGACCUUUUUUCUUCUUGGGUAAAUAAACAAUUCAGGUGACCCCAAAUAUUUCAAAAGUAUCAUGGAAUUUAUGCACAGCACAUAUACAUUAAACACGAAAUAAAAUUCGAUUAUAUCAUAUUUCACAAACUUGAGUUUCAGGAAUUCUAAUGAUGACUCUCAUCUUGGGCAUCUGAGUGUUUGUGAUGUGAUGCAUGUUUUUAUAUAAUGACAGUCAUUCCGAAAUCAUUUUGUUAUAUUUGUUCAUUAAAGUCAACUGUACCAUG